UGCAUAUUUAAUUACUGUGUCAUGUGAUUGCAUGGAGACAGCCCACGUGGUUUCUAUAUUUUGUUUACCUGUACCAUGCAUGACUGACCACGGCCCCGCCUACAUAUAACGGGUGCUUUGACAUCUAACGGGUCUCGCCUAUUGCAAAGGGCUUCCGAGAAAUGUAUUAAGUACCCCAAGGAACCUACUUAUAUACGUCAAGGGAUCGUUUAACGGGAAACAAGUCGGGUAGAUAGAAGCGGGUAUGUGCAAGUCUGGGCAGCUCUCCGGGGAUGUAUACGCACUGACAAACUGAUCCAAGGAUAUUAAUAAUUAUUGUGUGUGUGCGUGUGUUUAUUGGAAAAGUGGUGCAAUUUACAUUCCAUGGGAGAUAUGCAACGCGUGCACAGUUGACAGUGUCAUUUGAAGCUGACCUGACAUAAUGACUUAAACAUAAAACGAAUUCAGCAAAUAGAAAAUAAUUCCAAUUUAGAAGAAAGGAAGACAAAAAAACAAACAAAACAAUUGGCCAUCUUUUGGUGGAAUGGAAUCUUCAGACCCAUCUCAAAGGGGUGUUUACUUUCCGAUGGAACUGUUGCCUAGAGACAUCCUGCACAGACUGGGGAACGUCAGGGUGUUGGUGGUACCCAAAGAGAGAUCGUCAUCCUGCAAAGAGAACGAGGAGGAGUGUUUUGGGAAGAAGGAAGACAGGAAUCUGUUCGAUGGUCCGCCUGUCUCGCCCGGCGUCAACUACAGACCCAUGGGCCAGUCGUUCGAUUUCCGUCUGACGUCACCGGAAGGGGAGAGGUACCCUAUGAAGGAAAGACAAGAAGCAGAGAUGAUGAAAGGAUUGACAGAAACAACUCCAAAACGGCGCCCUCAGGAACCACUCAAAACGCCUGUACGAUUCGAAAACAACAUGGCCGAAGAUAGCAGGAAAUCGGCCAAUCAGAGCCCUCCUUGUAUACCAGACGGAAGUCACCCAAGUGAAAUUGGGGUCCAGGCGAAAAUCAAGAGACAACUAUUUUCUAAUUUCGAGGCUGAUUUCAGAACAAUGAGAACUGGUAAGUCUGCAGAUGUUUUCAGAUGGGGCCAACCACAAUGUUUAUGAGUCAUGUUGUGUCGAAAUGAACAUAUAUAAUGUGGAGGGGGAAUGUGUGUCUGGGGGUGGGAGGGGGGUGGGGGUGAUUGGGGUGUCCCCCAUGCCCACCCCUAUCUCUGCUACUCCAGUGGUAGGAGCGUAACAUUAAUGUAACGUACUUUGGUAGCUGUGAUAAACAAGCCCCUUGAACAUAUACAAAGGAUAAAUUAAUUUACUUCACCCAAAUGGGGAGCAGAGAUAUUUAGGGCCCCGCCUAAACCAUCACCUGGUUUUCUUGUUACUAGUGUUGUCGUUCAGUUUGGGGUUUGGUAGUGCUAGACAGCAGAACAGGGUAGACCUGAAAAGGGCAUGACAUGACAAGUCAAGCCAUGAUAAGAAAAAACAGGGCAAGGUAGGCUGGUAGUAUACCUUACAC